AUGUCCACUCCGAAGCAUACCCCACGCUCGAUCCUCAAGGCAUUCUACGAUGCCGAAGUCAUUUACAUGUCAGCACCACCGGAACAAAGAGACUUUAGUGGAAUGGCUGCCUUGUUAUCCCCUAAUAUAAACUUGGUGCAAACUCCCCACCUGCCCUACGGUGGCGUGUUCACUGGACCAACCGGAUUCCAGGAGUGGGCAAAGCAGAUGGCAGACCUCUUCGAUGUCGUGGACGUCCAGGACCCAGAAAUAUUCGAAAAGGAAGGCUCGAGUCGGAUUGUCGUACUCUCAACAGUUCACUUUCGCGUGCGCAAGACAGGAGAGAAUAUUUUCUUUCCUUUCUGCCAAGCUGUUACUGUUGACUUGGAUGCGGAACAGAUUACCGAGAUGAAACCGUUCUACUGGGAUGUUCAUACGUUGAACAAGGCUGUGGGUUAUGGCCAAUAG